UGGGAACCAUCUGUCGGAAGUGAGUUUCCGCACGGAUCUUUUCUGGUGUGGUACUGCUGUUACACAUGUGUAAACAAGGCAACUUGUGGAUUAAGUAACGGUUAACAGGCCGGUGACAGCAAACUUCUGACACAGUCAAUAUCUCAACACAACAAACAGCGUUUUAAAGCAUAUUUUGAGCCAAAAUGGCUUCCUCGGAACACAGUGACAGCGACGAUGGCAUGGACGAGUUCAUGGACAAAUUCAAGACCCAGCGAUAUAAAAACGCCUUCAGUGAAAAUAACUGGAAAGAGGAGUUUGAUAAAAUACCCAUGUUCAUGAAAAAGGCUCCUGAAGAGAUCAACCCACAGGAAUACCCAGAACUGGCCUGCCUCCAGUCCAUUAUCCAUGACGAAGACCGGCCUCCCGAGGAGCAAGCAAAAAGCCUGAAAGAUGAGGGCAAUGCAUAUUUCAAAGAGAAGAACUACCAGAAGGCAGUGGUGGCCUACACAGCAGGUUUGAAGAAGAAAUGUGCGGACCAGGACCUCAACGUUAUCCUCCUCACCAACCGAGCGGCGUCACACUUCCAUCUAGGUAAUAUGCGCUCUGCUCUGAAUGAUGCUACAGCUGCAAAGAAGCUCAAGCCAGACCACCUCAAAGCCUUGGUCAGAGGUGCUCAGUGUUGUGUAGAGCUGCAUAACUUUUCCGAGGCCAUGCAGUGGUGUGAUGAGGGGCUCAAGGUUUAUCCUACUGACGCAAAGCUGCGGGAGCUGAGAGCAGCGGCAGACAAGCACAGAAGAGCAGCAGAGAGAGAUGCCAGGAAGGCCAAGUCCAAAGAAAAAAAGUUGCAUGGUGAGAAAGAAGCUCUUCUAAGUGCCAUAAAGGCUCGAGGCAUCAAGCUCCUGCAACCUGCGAAGCCUCCUCAAAAUGGUUCCGACAGUGAAGAUGAGGACGAACGCUCUUCGGCAGCAAUAGCAGAGUUAAGCCUGGAUGGCCUCAGCUCUCAGGAGGUCACUGGGGCUCAGGUGUGCCUAGAUGAGGAGGGCUCUCUGCACUGGCCCGUUCUCUUUCUCUACCCCGAACAUCAGCAGAGUGAUUUCAUCUCGGCCUUCUGUGAAAAAAACUGUUUCAUAGACCACCUGGCAGUCAUGUUUGAAGAACUUCCACCUUGGGACGCAGACAGAAAAUACCUCCCACAAAAUCUGCAGAUUUACUUUGAGGAUGAGCAAAAGGAGACACUGUACCAAGUUGACCCAGAGAUAUCGCUUUUAAAAAUACUGCAGCAUAAAAGGUAUUUUGUCAAGGCAGGAACUCCCAGCUUCAUCGUUUUAGUAAAGGGCUCUUCAUACUGGAAGCAGUUUUUAUCAGGAAGGAAAAUAAAUGGACUGUAAGCAAAAGCAGAUCUUCAAUUGUUGGACACAAGAUUCUCUUAAAUUCUCAAUAACUGGCUUAUGAAACAUCACUGUAAAUGAAAAUAAAGCAUGAGAUUUUGUAACAUAAGGCAUUUAUGUUCUUUAUUUCUGUCUGUAAAAUAAAAUAAGUGUUCCAGUUGGUGAAAUUCAGAGUUCAGACAAAGAGAUGAUUGAUAAAGCAGACCAUCUGGCUAUGGCCUUUCUGUGUGUAGUCUGUGUGUUGUCCCUGUGUCUGAAGGUUUUCUCCAGUUUCUUUCCACAGCCUUAAGGCAUGCAGUUAGUGGGGUUAGCUUAAUUUGUAAUUCUAAAUUGCCUACAGAUGUGAAUGGUUGUCGCUCUGUUAGCCCUAUGAAAGACCUGUUUAGGGUGUACUCUGUCUCUCACCCCAUGGCAGCUGGGAUAGCCUCCAGUGUCCUGUUUCCUAUUUAAUAUGUGUCUUCAGUAAGACACAUUUCAUAACACCAAGCUUCAUUUUAAAGGGGUAUAAAAUAUGA